GGUGUGGAGUAUGCAUGACGAGCUGUGGGGCUGGGUGUCCUGGAGCGCUGGAGUCGUGGCUUAGGAGUGAGUUUUACGUCUCAGCUGUAUCUGCUCGCUGAGUCCCCGAGCCUCUGCUGUGCUCCCACAGUCUAGACCAGGAUGGGACUGUUAGAGGAGUUCUGGCACCACAAGUACUGGCUGCCACCUGGAGCUACCUGGGAAGACAUGAAGGAGUCUGCUGACAUUCACUACCCAAAGCCUCAGGACCUCUUGCUCUGCAUCCCUGGUGCCCUGAUCCUGAUCAUUGUCCGAUACAUCUUUGAAAGAACCAUAGCUCUACCCCUGGGCAGGAGGCUGGGUGUAAGCAACAGACCGAGGCCCAAAGCUCAGCCCAAUGCCACACUGGAAGACUUCUACAAUCUGAUGGGCAGGACCCCAAAGGAGGGGGACCUGAUCUCGCUGGCCAAGCAAAAUGACCUGCCAGUCAAAAAAGUGGAGGCCUGGUUCCGGCACCGGCGGGCCCAGGACCGUCCCAAACUGAUGAAGAAGUUCUGUGAGGCAAGCUGGAGAUUUACAUUCUAUUUCACAUCAUUCUUCUCUGGGCUGGCUCUUCUGUAUGAUAAGCCUUGGUUUUGGGACCACACCGUGUGCUGGCUGAGCUUUCCACAGCAGCCUCUCCUGCCUGCACUGGGCUGGUUCUACCUGUUGGAGCUCUCUUUCUACUGCUCACUGGUUGCCACCCUGCCUUUUGAUGUGAAGAGGAAGGACUUCAAGGAACAGAUCAUCCACCACAUCGCCACCAUCACCCUGAUCUUUGUCUCCUACUGUGCCAACCUUAUACGGUUUGGGAUGAUAGUCAUGCUGGUCCAUGAUGCCUCUGAUUAUAUUUUAGAGCUGGCCAAGAUGCUCCAUUACAUGAAAUGGAAGUGGGUCUGUGAAGCAGUGUUUGUUGUUUUUGCUGUGGUGUUCAUCAGUUCCCGGCUUGUCAUUUUCCCGUUAAUCACAUACUAUUACUUUGUGACAAAAUUUCAGAUGUUCCUCCUAAGCUGUCUGAUAAAUGCUUUCCUGAUGAUCCUGCAGUUGUUGCACAUUUUUUGGUCCUAUCUAAUCCUCCAGAUGGUCUUUGGUGUCAUCCUCCACGGUGCGAAAAGAAAAGAUGCAAGAAGUGACACUGAGGAAAGCGACAGGAGUGAAGCAGAAGAUCUGGCAAAGAGCAAAGAGUAAUGUGGGUCUCAUUGCAAAAUACCAAGAGCUAGACAGACUCUUAAAAGCAGGAAGGAUGAACAGGACCACAAGGGAGAGGCCAGACAGGCUCACAGAACCCUUUGCAGCGUUAUAGCUGAGGCAUCAUCCAACAUCUAGACAAAAGAAAAUUUCAUCAUAGAGUUUCCAGGCAACAAAUAACUUUAGGAGAUGUUUUCUUCACCUGUCUUGUUGGGAACAUCAUUUUACUACUACUCUAUCCAGAAGAAAAAUGGUCAAUCAGCCACAGUCUCACUAAAAACAGGCUAAGAGGGGUUAAACAAUCUGCUGAAGUUAUAACACUUAGCUGUGGUUAUCUCAAAACUUUCCGAAAGGUUCGUAAAGUAAUAAAUUACAACUGCUGAACAUUUAUCUGAACCACAAUUUCAGAAUAUACUGGCAGUCAGUGCUAGCCACCUUAUGAAAAAAGUUGCAUGUAAAAAAACACUUGCUUCAACUGCCAAAUAAGCUUCCAGUUGUAUAGUCUAAAAUUGUCAGAUUUUGGGGCAAGGAUAGACCGUUUCCACAUAUAAAGCCUGGCCAAGUGAGACAAGCUGUGUUUGCUGUAUGAAUUAUACAAAAUAGCUCACGCGUCUAAAAGGUUUUGCUAACUGAAUGUGUACUUAGAGAAAAUGGUCCUAAAAUUGAAAGCAACUGAAAUUCUUCUGAAGGCACACUUUUCUACUAGUCUAAAUGGAAGCUUUCCAUAGGGAUGUAUUAGUGUUGUUGAGGUUUCAUUUUUAAAAUCUGAAAAUAAAUGUUACAAUGCUAACAUAUUAAUGGGAUAUUUUAAGGGUUUUCUCUGUUUUGGAUGACUAUUCACUUUGUAAUAUAUUGUAUCUGACAUCAUGUUCAGAAUUUACUGUAUAACAUUGGAUUUAAAGUUUAUGUAGAAAAGAAUUAUUACACCUAAACAAGCCCAUUUUACCUUAAUGUUGCAUGAUGCAGAUUUUUUUUAUCAUCAUUUUUUGGAAUAUCAGUAAUAUCAGCUCUUGUGUCAAUCAGCAGAUCUUUGAAACCUGCUGGAGAUCUGAUAUCACUGAUAAUUCAAAGGCUCAAAAAUUACAGAGGGCCAAUAAAUCAUCAUAUACAUUUGUCUACAAACAAUAUAUAGAAACCUACAAAUGCUG